UACGUAAUGGGAGUGGGAUGGGAAGGACAGAGCGGGCUGCAUUAGAAAAAUCAGCAAAAAGAGAGAUUAAGCAUUGAAAAGGUUGGUGGGAAUGGAGUUGGGUUCUAUCUGGGCGGUCCUUUGGGCCUUCUUUGUGGUUCUUUUGGGUGUAAAAUGGGUGAGGAACAGAGCAAACAGCUGGCUGUAUGAGACCCAACUGGGGGAUUUGAAGUAUUCUCUUCCUCCAGGAGACAUGGGCUGGCCUCUCAUUGGGAAUAUGUGGUCUUUCCUCAGAGCUUUCAAGUCCAAUGAUCCUGACUCCUUCACUGCUGAUUUCUACAAGAGAUUUGGGAAUACCGGAAUUUACAAAGCUUUCAUGUUUGGAAGCCCAAGCAUCAUUGUUACGGCACCUGAAACAAACAGAAGGGUCUUGAAUGAUGAUGAGGGGUUUAAGCCUGGUUGGCCUAGCUCAACUGUGGAGCUGAUUGGAGAGAAAUCAUUUAUUGGGAUUUCUUACGAAGAACACAAGCGUCUCCGACGUUUAACAGCAGCACCAAUCAACGGUCAUGAAGCGCUGUCUGUGUAUUUGGAGUUCAUUGAAAAGAUUGUUAUACAGGCACUAGAUGAAUGGGCUGGCAUGGGGCAAAUUGAAUUCCUAACACAAAUGCGAAAGCUUACUUUCCGAAUAAUCAUGCACAUCUUUCUCAGUGAGGCCAGUGAGCCAAUGAUGGAGGCUUUGGAGAAGGAAUAUACAGCCCUUAAUUAUGGAGUAAGAGCCAUGUCAAUCAAUAUCCCAGGAUUUGCUUACCACAAAGCUCUCAAGGCUCGGAAAAAUCUUGUGGCUGUUUUUAAAUCUAUAGUGAAAGAGCGAAGGGAACACAGGAAGCACGGUCCGGUGACAGGGAAGAAAAAAGAUAUGAUGGAUGCCCUGGUGGAUGUCGAAGAUGAGAAUGGUAGAAAAUUGAGCGAUGAGGAAAUAAUUGAUGUAAUGUUAAUGUACUUGAAUGCUGGCCAUGAAUCCUCUGGACAUAUUACCACGUGGGCAACUGUGUUACUGCAAGAACACCCAGAGUUCCUCCAGAAAGCUAGGGCAGAGCAAGAGGAGAUAGAGAGGAACAGGCCAUCUAAUCAAACGGGGAUGACACUAAGGGAAAUUCGACAAAUGAAGUAUCUUUCUGAUGUUAUCGAUGAAACUCUUCGCCUGGUGUCAUUUUCAUUAAUGGUAUUUCGAGAGGCAAAAAAGGAUGUCAACAUAGGCGGUUAUGUCAUUCCUAAAGGCUGGAAAGUGCUGGCCUGGUUUAGAACUGUUCACUAUGAUCCCGAAACCUAUCCAGACCCGAAGAAAUUUGAUCCUUCCAGAUGGGAAGGUUUUACACCCAAAGCUGGAGCAUUCCUUCCCUUCGGUGCAGGAAGCAGAUUGUGCCCUGGAAAUGAUCUUGCCAAGGUUGAAAUCUCGAUUUUUCUUCAUCAUUUCCUCCUCAAGUAUCGGCUUGAAAGGCUGAAUCCCAAGUCCCCGUUGAUGUACCUACCGCAUACAAGGCCUAUUGAUAAUUGCUUGGCGAGGAUCAAAAGACUCUAAAAUUCUCCACCAGUCUAUGUUUUCUUGCAAAUAAAAACAGUUGCAUGGUCUUUUAGGACCUUUAUUUUUCUUGUGUGGGAAUAAAAUAGGACUUUUAAGUUUCUGCUUCUUGUGGGAUGAGGCUGCAAAGGGUUUUUCUUGCAAUAUGUGUAAGUUGUGGAGAGUGCAGCCACUCCAUUGCAAUAAUUGGACUCAUUUCACAUGGAAAUGAAUAAAAAUAAAUAAAAUUCAUAUUUAUUUGUACAA